GCGUAAUGGCUGUGACACAGGGGAUACUGACGUUCGCGGUGAUAACAACAGUGUGGGCUAUCUCUCUAACCCACUCUACGCCCACACCCACCCACACGCCCGCUACCCAUCCGCAAGAGCCUUCUUCGACACUACCCGCACGGCAACAUGCCUUUCCCUUCACACCAGAACCUGGCACCUCCCCUCCCUUGUCCUUCAGAGUCAGUGAAGAGGACAGCACUUCAUCUCUACAUGCAGCAGACCUCAACUAUUUUUCAUCCACAUCUGAAGUAGACUUUGAGGAUUUCUCAUCUACGAAUGCAGCAGAUUUUAAUGACUUCUCGUCCAUACCUGCAGCAGAUUUUAAUGACUUCUCCAUAACUCCUGAAACACAUAUCAAGAGUGUGUCCUCAGCCACGACAUCAGAAGAGUUUAAUGAGAUCUCGUCCAAACCUGCAAUACACCUUUAUGGACCACAGCCCAAACCUGCAAUACAUCUUUAUGAAUCACAGUCCAAACCUGCAAUAAACCUUUCCGAAUCACAGCCCAAACCUGCAAUACAUCUUUAUGAAUCACAGUCCAAACCUGCAAUACACCUUUAUGAAUCACAGUCCAAACCUGCAAUACAUAUUUACGAAUCACAGCCCAAACCUGCAAUACACCUUUAUGAAUCACAGUCCAAACCUGAAACACACCUUUAUGAAUCACACUCCAAACCUGCAUCGAGCUUAAACAAACAUUUAUCUACACCUGCACCACAUGUUAACUCAGCCUUAUCAACACGAGCCACAGAACUAAAUGAGACUUCGUUCACACCUGCAACAGAUAUUGGUACUUAUUUUGAGCCCUUCUCUACACCUGCAUCAAAACCCGGUGAACUUCCAUCCAAACCUGCAACAGGACAUAAUGAGUUACCGUACACACCUGCUACAGAUGUGUUCAAGUCCUUCCCUAUACUUGAAACCGAUAUGUUUGUUUCCCUGUCUUCAGCUGAAUCAAUCUUCCAAAAGCCUUCCUCCAAACCUGCACUGGACUUUAAUGACAUCUACGUUAUGCCUUUAACUCACUCUGACGAACCCUUAUCCACACCUGAAACGAACCUGAAUGAACCACCGACCACAACUGCAACAGACCUUACUGAACAGAUAUCCAAACCUGCCACAAACUUAGAUAAGUCUUCCUCCACACCUGAACCAGAUCUUUACGAUCCUUCAUCCACAUCUGCAGCCUAUUUGUAUAUAUCUUCAACCAAACCUGGAAUAGAUGCCUAUGAGUCCCUGCCCAUACCUGCAAUAGGCAAAUAUAGGUUUUCAAUCACAUCUGCAACGGACCAUCACAAACCUCAAUCCACACCUACUACAGAGCGUCCCACACCUCCAUCAAAACCUGCUACAGAGCGUCCCACACCUACAUCCACACCUGCUACAGAGCGUCCCACACCUCCAUCCACACCUGCUACAGAGCGUCCCACACCUCCAUCCACACCUGCUACAGAGCGUCCCACACCUCCAUCCACACCUGCUACAGAGCGCCCCACACCUCAAUCCACACCUGCUACAGAGCGUCCCACACCUCCAUCCACACCUGCAACCAACCUUUCUUCUAGGCCUUUAUGGACGCCUACACUAGACCGCCGAAGGCAUCCAACCAAAUAUGUAACAGGUUAUCGUAGACGACCAUCCAAACCUGCAUCCCACCACCGUCGACGUCCAAACACACCUGCACCAGACCUUAAGAACUCACAAUCUACACCUGAAACACACCUACGUGACCCUUCAACCACACCUACAGCAGAUCAUUCCGAGUCUCUACCGACACCUGUAACAGAUUUUACUAGUUCUCUCUCCACACCUGAAACAGAACUUACUGAAAAUUCCUCCACACCUGAAACACAACUUACUAACGAUUCCUCCACACCUGAAACAGAGCUUACUAACGAUUCCUCCACACCUGAAACAAAACUUACUAACGAUUCCUCCACACCUGAAACAGAGCUUACUAACGAUUCCUCCACACCUGAAAUAGAACUUCAUGACGCUUCCUCCACACCUGAAACAGAACUUACUGACGAUUCCUCCACACCUGAAACAGAACUCACUGACGAUUCCUCCACACCUGAAACAGAACUCACUGACGAUUCCUCCACACCUGAAACAGAUUUACACACAUCCUCCUCCUCAAUCGAAGUCAUUCUCCACAGACCACCAUUUAGACCUGCAAUCACCCUUUAUAAUCCUCUCUCCACACCUGCACCGGUCUUAUUAAAACGAUUCUCCAAACCUGCACCAAUCCUGUUACAACACCUCUCUACACUACCACCAAUCGUGUCAAAACAACUCCCUAUACCUGUUGUAAUCCCUCACCACAGCAUACCUUCCACACCUGUACCGGGGAAUCAUCUCAUCUCCUCCACACCUGCACCCUUGAUACCUACAAUCAUCCCUCGAGGCGGGUUACAUCACCAGCCUCCUAUACUUCCACGUAAUAAUUAUCCCGGAAUAUUCACAACAACACCAGGUAACCACAUCGUAUCAUCCACACCUGUAACACCUGUAAUAGAGAACUACCUGACGCCGUCCACACCUGUAACCUACCAGCCGUCUCUGUCUCCUGUACCCGUUCCUACUGUGUUGCCACAUCCCCGCUUCUACCCGGAGGCAAUUCCAAAUUAUUCCUUCGAGUAUGCAGUGGUAGAUGGGGCAGCAGGAAGCCAAUACGGGCACGCUGAAACACGCAAGGGAUUUGAUACCAAAGGACGUUACUUCGUCCACCUCCCAGAUGGACGCCUCCAGACUGUCAACUACUAUGCCAAUCAGACGGGCUACUUCCCUCAAGUCAUCUACAGCGGGGUAGCCAAACAUGGACCCACUCCUAAAUAUCCUUAUCAAACACUUAAACCAGUGUAUGGACUACCUGGGGCAAUCCCUCCAAAAACUUACAAUACACUGAUCAGACCAAGCCACGGACCUACACUCACUACUCUGAAGCCUGUUCAUGUCUCAGCACAUCCGGAUUAUUCUCCUAAAGCUUAUAAUGCUUUUCCUACAUCUACACAGCCAAUACUGAGGCCCACUCAUUUACCAAAGCAUUCAGGAAUCAUUACAGUAUCUCCAGGUUAUACUUCCAGCUCGGGUACCACAACUGCUGCAGUGUCCAUCACCAGGUCACUCCCAGUUACUACACCUACUCCUAUCACCUUAUAUCCUCCCACUCCACUGAACUUCCAUCUCUCAAGGCAAGCCAACAUUCCCUUAGGACCAAUUCACAUUCCUUUAAAACCAGUUCAUAUUCCCACAGCGCCAUCUCUUGGUCCCCUAAAGCCAGGCAAUCUUCCCAUACAUCUUGUACACACAACACAUGGGCCACCUCUCUUGUCUGCUAAACCACCUGACAUUCCACUAAAAACAAUACUCAUUCCCAAAAAGCCAGUUCCCAGUGUGUUAAAACCUGUUCACAUUCACAUAAGGCCAAGUCCAAUUCCAUUAAAACCAACCAAAGCGCCAUACAAACCCCUUUAUAAAUCCCCAAGACCAGUCUACACAACAUUAACGCCAACCCCUAUUCCUCUACAACGUGUCCCCAUUCCAUUGAAACCAGUCCCUGUUACUUUAAAACCAACUUUUAUUCCUUCUCAACCAAGUCCCCUUCCUUUAAAACCACUCCAUACUCAUUCUGGCUUAUUACUAACUUCCAAAACACCCCAUAUUUUUCCCAAACCCCCUCAGUUUUUCAUACACCACAAAUCAAUUCCUGCCAUUUUACCAAGUCCCCAUCUGCCUCCUUCCCCUCUUCAUCCAUUGCCUCCUUCCCCUCUUCAUCCAUUGCCUCCUUCCCCUCUUCAUCCAUUGCCUGCACCUGCACACACCUAUACUUUUCAGACAUUCCUGUCAAACUCUAGACCCUUUGUUGUCACUUCAAAUAGAAUGCCAAAAUUAAGAGACACAUUAGAUCCCCAUUAUCUCAGAGACCAUAGAAAGUAUGGCCCGGCACCUCCUGAUCUGUCUCACCAAGAAACUCACCUGUUAGGCCCAUCUGUUAUGCCUUCUAUUGCUUCUGCUCCUGCCCCUGUCGUGGAAAAGUAUCCUCCUGUGGCAAAAAAACCAGAAACAGAGGUUACUCAUACAAUAUAUAAAAAGGAUGAACAGAAAAGUGAUGAGGUAUCUGAUGAACUUGAAGAGUAUGAUGAAGCAGCUAAAGAGUAUCUAUAG